AUGAUCACCUGGACCCACUUCAUGCCCUUGCAGGCCCUCAACCUGAUUCGAGCGGGGUAUGACCUGGUCGUGUGGAACCGCUCCCCAAAUGCAUGUGAUGACCUGGCAGCUGGGGGAGCCAAGGUCCUGGCCAGCCCUGCCGAAGUGACCGCCGCCGCAGACAUCACAAUCAGCAUGCUGUCGGAUCCCGGCGCCGCCAGGGAGGUUGCGCUAGGGUCGCAGGGAGCGCUGGAGGGUCUGUCCCGGGGCAAGGGCUACAUAGACGCCUCCACCGUCGACGGCGGCACCUCCUGCACGAUUGGCGAGGCCGUCCGCGGCGCCGGCGCCUCCUUCCUGGAGGCGCCGGUGUCGGGCUCCAAGGGUCCGGCUGAGCAGGGCACGCUCAUCUUCAUGACGGCAGGGGACAAGAAGCUGCAUGAUGCAGCUCUGCCGCUGUUUGAGGCCAUGGGCAAGACCUCCGUGUACCUCGGGGAGACGGGGUCGGCGGCCAAGAUGAAGCUGGUGGUCAACAUGAUCAUGGGAAGCAUGAUGGCGGCGCUGGCAGAGGGCCUGGGGCUGAGCAAGAAGGCGGGGCUGAGGCAGGAGGACCUUCUGGCCAUCCUCAACCAGUCGGCGCUGGCAUCCCCCAUGAUAGCCCUCAAGGCAGGAGGAGGAUGGUUUUGCUGGGCAUACUACAUGGUGGCAGAGCGCUUCGACCCCGCCUUCCCGCUCAAGCACCAGCAGAAGGAUCUCAGGCUGGCGCUGGAACUGGGAUCGGACGCCGGGCAGUACCUGCCGGUGGCCGCGGCCGCCAACGACUUGUAUCUGACCGCACGGAAUCACGGGGCGGGUGACCUGGACUUCUCGGCCGUGCUGCGGGCGAUCCAGCGCAAGCAAUAG